AUGCCUGUCCAACGUCCUAAUCCGGGCCCACGGCUUGAAACUCUCGCGUCGCACUCGGACCCCUCCGUACCGCUCGUCAGCGUGUACACACCCUCACGGCGACCGAUUCCCGACCCCGAGGAACCCAGUGACACCGACGCCCUGGAGACGGUCGCGCGCACGCUCGAAACAGCCGUGCUCAAGGACCGAUUCAGUACCUCUGGCGCCAACCACGAGCGCCUGGACGUCUACUCCCUACCGCCUGCGACAGCAACAGACUCGGAGGAGGAAGCCAUCAAGGACGGACUUUUUGCCACCCUGGCCGAAGCAGAUGCCGCCGUGCAGCGCUGUGUCGCGCACCAGUGGGCCGAGAUCGCCGCACGAGAAAACAGCGGCAAGGAGUGGUACAUCCAGCGCUACGACGUGCUCAACGGCGAGUGGCGACGAGCCAUUGCUGUAGUACGCACACCCGUGGCCGAGUGGGAGUGGGGCAUGAGGGACAAGACGGGACGCGGAAUGAUGCUGUCAACGGUCAUGUUUGAUCGUCCCAAAGACGGGCCCCACCAGGUGUGCGUCUCCUCGGGCUCCACCGAGGGAGACAUCCAGACGCUCGUCCAUGAGUUGAGGCACGAGUUGAACUGGCAGCAUAGCUUUGUGCAGUUCUUGAAUUAG